AUGGAACAAAGGAGACAGGAGCAGAAGCAACACCAAUCAUCAUCCAUCAAAAACAAUGUAAAAGGGAAGAAGAAACAAUCACUAGAAUUGGAGAGAUUGAAGUGGGGAAUGAACUCGGAUGGUAAAAAGAAGGAAACAGGGGGCAGGAGUGGGGGUAUCAUUGUGUUGUGGGACAAAAGGCAAUGGUCAAGCAGGGGAAUUCAACAAGGAUGCUACACUAUCUCAUGUAUGCUGGAAAGUACACAAGAGGACUUCAGGUGGUGUUUCACAGGGGUUUAUGGAUCUCACACAAAUCCAGAAAGGGAAGAUUUGUGGCAUGAACUUGCAGCGAUUAGAGGCUUAUGGGAUGAACAAUGGGUAAUAGGGGGGGACUUCAAUGUUUGUAGAUAUGAAAGUGAGAGGUUAAAUUGCAUUAGGAGGUCCAGGGCCAUGAAAUCAUUCUCAAAUAUCAUCCAGGAUUCGGGAAUAAUUGACCUGCCCCUCCAAGGGGCUCAUUACACUUGGUCUAGAGGGGGAGAUUGUAUGCAAGCAUCAAGAAUAGAUAGAUUCUUGAUAUCCUCUGAAUGGAAUGAAAAUUUCAAGGUUAUAAAACAGGUUGCUCUCCCAAGAGUUAUAUCAGACCAUAGGCCUUUGCUACUGGAAUAUGGUGACUGGGAAGUCAAACCAUCCUAUUUUAAAUUUGAGAAUAUGUGGCUUCAAGCUGAAGGAUUUAUGGACAAAGGUGAAGAAUGGUGGCACAACUACACUAUUGGGGGGAGUCCAGAUUUUAUUCUCACACAAAAACUGAAGAAACUCAAGAAAGACAUCACUGACUGGAAUAAGGCUACAUUUGGGCAGUUGGAAACACGAAAGUCCCAAAUAUUGGAGGACCUAGCCUUGCUGGAAACUAUAGCCGAAAGCAGACUCAUGUCGCAAGCUGAGAAGGAGAAGUUAGUAGCGCUAAAACAUGAGCUUCAAAAGCUAGCAAUAGCAGAAGAAGUGUCUUGGAGGCAAAAAUCUAGGUGUUUAUGGCUCAAAGAAGGAGACAAGAAUACUAAAUUUUUCCACACCAUAGCAAACUCCAACAGGAGAAACAACUGUAUAGAUAAAUUGCUGAUUGAUGGAGAAAUUAGUGAAGAGAGUGAGGAGAUCAAAACAAUAAUUCUCAGUUUCUACCAAGACAUGUACACUGAAAAUGAGAAUUGGAGGAGGCCCAGAGUAACUUUUGAUGGCUUAGCCAGCAUAUCACUGAUAGAGAAAGCUUGGUUAGAAAGACCAUUUGAAGAGGAAGAGGUGUGA